CCUUCCCCCACACCCUUGCUGGCCCACUUCUGUACGGAACACCAAUCAGAAUCUUUAGUUCAUCUCAACACCAAAGCAUCUCCACUUAGUCACUUACUAGACUUCACAUAGGAGGAAAAGUAUGGAACUGGUGGUCCUCACACGGAUGGAAACUAACAAAUGGGAAGGGAAGAGAAGCAUUAAUGAAGCUGAAGAGGAAGAGGAUGAACGUGAAAGUGUUGAAGAGGACAGCAAAAGGAAAAGGGUAUUGACUCUCUCUGGUAGGAAGCUAGCUGGUGAAGGGUCGGCACAUCCUUCUUGCCAAGUCGAUCAGUGCACUGCAAAUAUGGCAGAUGCCAAGCCAUACCAUCGCCGCCACAAGGUGUGUGAGUUCCAUUCAAAGUCUCCAAUAGUACUUAUUAGUGAACUCCAGCAGCGAUUCUGUCAGCAAUGUAGCAGAUUUCACCUGUUAGCAGAGUUUGAUGGUGCUAAAAGGAGUUGCCGAAGGCGUUUGGCAGGUCACAAUGAGCGCCGCCGUAAAAUUACAUAUGACUCUCAUGGAGAAAGUUUGGGCUGAAGCAGCAUCAGCAUCAAUGGCAGCGAAAUAACCUACUUUCUGAAGCAAAUUACAUAAACAAGAUGUGGUUUAAGCAUGUUCUCUAUCUUCUGUCAAUUCCAGGAUUUGUAAGCAAAUUGUUAUCUGUGAACUUCAAGUAUCUAGCUAAUAGUACUUUCAUUUCCCUUAUGUAAAGGGAAGGACAAAAAGAAUGGCACUGUCUGCUAGUAUUCGAAAACUGAAAUAUUUGUAGUAUGAAUACAUAUCACAUGGUGCUCGAAAGUCUUACAUGUUGACAUUCCAACUCACUUUAUGAGGUUUUUGUUUAAA